GACUCUGAAGAAAAAGUACUGGUAAUGUAUCAUAGAAACUGGGAUGAAUACAGUAAAGGGGCAGAAUAUAUGGAUUGUUUAUAUAGAUACCUCAAUACACAGUUUAUUAAAAAGAACAAAUUGACUGAAGCUGAUCUUCAAUAUGGUUAUGGAGGUUUGGAUAUGAGUGAGACAUUGAUGGAGAUUGGAGAGCUAGCACUUGAUAUGUGGAAGAGAUUAAUGAUUGAGCCCUUACAGACUGUCCUCAUUCGAAUGUUGCUCUGCGAAAUUAAAAAUGAUCGUUGUGGAGAAGAUCCAAAUCAGAAAGUAAUCCAUGGGGUCAUUAACUCCUUUGUUCAUGUUGAACAAUAUAAGAAAAAAGUCCCUCUGAAGUUUUACCAGGAAAUUUUUGAGAGUCCUUUUCUGAAUGAAACAGGGGAAUAUUAUAAACAGGAAGCUUCAAAUUUAAUGCAAGAAUCCAACUGUUCACAGUAUAUGGGAAAGGUUUUAUGUAGAAUAAAAAAUGAAGAAAUGAGAUGUCGAAAAUAUCUACACCCCAGUUCCUACAGCAAAGUAAUCAAUGAAUGCCAACAACGAAUGGUAGCAGACCACUUACAAUUUCUUCAUGCAGAAUGUCAUAACAUCAUCAGACAAGAGAAGAGAAAUGAUAUGGCAAACAUCUACAUACUGCUUCAUGCUGUGCCGAGUGGCUUACCUCAUAUGAUUCAGGAACUGCAAAACUAUAUCCAUGAUGAGGGCCUUAGAUCAACCAGCAGUCUUUCUCAGGAAAAUAUGCCCACUCAAUUUGUAGAAUCAGUGUUGGAAGUACACAGUAAAUUUGUUCAGCUCAUUAAUACUGUUUUGAAUGGUGACCAGCGAUUCAUGAGUGCCCUUGACAAGGCUUUAACAUCAGUAGUGAACUAUAGGGAACCAAAGUCUAUUUGCAAAGCUCCUGAGCUGUUGGCCAAAUAUUGUGACAAUUUGCUAAAAAAAUCAGCAAAAGGCAUGACAGAAAAUGAAGUAGAAGACAAACUUACAAGCUUCAUUACAGUUUUCAAGUACAUUGAUGAUAAAGAUGUUUUUCAAAAGUUCUAUGCCAGAAUGUUGGCAAAACGGCUUAUACAUGGUUUAUCAAUGUCCAUGGAUUCUGAAGAAGCUAUGAUUAACAAAUUAAAGCAAGCCUGUGGUUAUGAGUUCACCAGCAAACUCCAUCGAAUGUACACAGACAUGAGCGUUAGUGCAGAUCUUAACAACAAAUUCAACAGCUUCAUAAAAAAUCAAGACAUCAUCGUAGAUUUGGGAAUUAGUUUUCAGAUAUAUGUUCUUCAGGCUGGAGCAUGGCCUUUGACCCCGGCGCCUUCAUCUACCUUUGCAAUUCCUCAGGAACUGGAAAAAAGUGUACAGAUGUUUGAAUUAUUUUACAAUCAACAUUUCAGUGGAAGGAAACUUACCUGGUUACAUUAUCUUUGCACAGGUGAGGUAAAAAUGAAUUAUUUGUGCAAGCCGUAUGUAGCCAUGGUUACCACCUACCAAAUGGCAGUGCUACUGGCCUUUAACAAUAGUGAAAUCAUUAGUUACAAAGAACUCCAGGAUAGCACCCAGAUGAAUGAGAAAGAACUGAUCAAAACUAUCAAAUCAUUACUUGAUGUCAAAAUGAUCAACCAUGACUCAGAUAAGGAGAAUGUAGAGGCAGUGUCCACAUUUUCAUUAAAUAUGAAUUUCAGCAGUAAACGAACAAAAUUUAAAAUCACUACUUCAAUGCAAAAAGACACCCCACAGGAAAUGGAGCAAACAAGAAGUGCUGUAGAUGAAGAUAGGAAAAUGUACCUUCAAGCUGCAAUUGUCCGCAUCAUGAAAGCACGAAAGUUAUUGCGACACAAUGCUCUCAUUCAGGAGGUAAUUAGCCAAUCAAGAGCUAGGUUUAACCCAAGUAUCAGCAUGAUUAAGAAGUGUAUUGAAGUUCUGAUAGACAAACAGUACAUUGAACGGAGCCAGGCCUCAGCAGAUGAGUACAGCUAUGUAGCAUGA